UUUAAGAACAUAAAUAAUAAUUUAUUAUGUUGAUCUUUUAAUUUAAUAAGUACUAGUAAGAAUAUUAUGUCAAAACACCUAGUUAUGACAUGUUUGACAUAUCUGAAGUUCCCGUUGGCCUCUUUUUUUGUUAUGGUCAGCUGCUUAAUAACCUCAAGAAGAUAGAUUUGCGGAGAUCUAAAAAGCUGAAUGAACUCCCAAAUCUUUCAACGGCCACCAAUCUCGAGGAACUGUAUCUUGAAGAUUGCUGGAGUCUGUGGAAGAUUACUUCCUCUAUUCGUUAUCUCAAGAAACUGAGGAAGCUAGACAUGAAAAGAUGCAAAGAACUGCUGCUGCUUCCAACCGAUAUUGACUUGGAGUCUCUCCAUUCCCUCAAUCUCAGUGGAUGCUCCAAGUUAGAGAGUUUUCCUCACAUUUCAAGGAACAUUUCAAAUCUUGUUCUUGAUGAAACCAAGAUUGAAGAAGUUCCUGAAAGGAUAGAAGAUAUCUCUGGGCUCAAUUACAUAUUGAUGACCGGUUUCAGCAACUUAAAAUAUUUUUCUUCCAACAUUUCGAAACUGAAACAUUUUGAGAUGAUGUUGUUUACAGUGGUGACGACGACAUAUGAUAGUGGCAUCAUGGACAAUAGGACAAACGAUGUCUUCCUAAGCUUCCAUAGGGAAGAUGUUCGCAAAGCUUUUGUGAGCUACUUGCACAAGGAAUUUAUGAGAGACCAGGACCUGGCUACUAAUGUUGUAAACGAGAUAAGAUCUUCAAGAAUCGCAAUAGUCAUUCUUACAGAUAACUACAUGUCUUCGGAACGGUGCUUGGAUGAGUUGGUGGAGAUCAUAGAGUGCAGCGAAGAGAUUGGUCAAAAAGUGAUCCCCGUUUAUUAUGAUGUGGAUACUGUUAAUAUCAGCAGGCAGAUCCAAGACAUUAUUAAGACCGAAUCGUACCCACAAAAACUGAGACAAGCUUUUACUGUAGUAAGCCAACUUCAGGGAUAUAAUUUCUCAACCUGGGAUCCUGAAACUGCGGUGAGUCAAAUGCUGGCUGAUGAUAUAUCGUUUUCACCAAAAGAGUUAUUUGACAUGGAAACAUUAAAAGAGGAAUUCAAUGGUCUAGAGUGGAAGGAGAAGGUGUUGUUUUGUCACAUUGCUUGCUUUUUCAAUAAUGAGACAUAUGAGAAUGUGACGCAAUUGCUGAAAGACUGUGGGUUUGAUGUUGGAGGUAGUCUUGAGAUUCUAUAUGAAAAGUCUCUGAUACAGAUAUCAGUAGAGAGAGUCAUAAUUAUGCGUCCUGUGCUGCAAAAGAUAGGCAGAGAUGAAGUUCUUGCAGAAUUCAUUAACGUGCCUGCAAAUCGUCAGUUCUUGAUGGAUACUGAGGGUUGCGACCUACUUAUUGUUCUAACUGAUGAUACUAAAAGAAUGUACGGUAUCUCAUUUAACAUAUCAGAAAUGGAACAGAGAUUGGCAAGAGAUGAAAGACUCAAAGGAAUGAAAAGGUUGAAGGUUAUGAGAAUGUACAAGGACAGUUUGUACGGUAAAGAAGUCCGAGUUCAUUUAGUUAUAGGCCUCCACUCUUUGUGGGAGCGCCUGAGUAAUAUUUGA